CGUUUCGAGUUGAGGGAGAGAGAAAGAGAGAGAGAGAGAAAGAGAAAGAGAGAGGAGAGAGAGAGACUCAAGUGAUACAGCCGAGGACCACGCGCUACAGCAGACGGACGAAGGCACGCGACAUGUCUCGAGGAUUCAGGUGUGCACAGAUCAUGAUCAUCUCUGGGAUAAAACGUGGAUGUACUACUGACAGACAGCAGCAGAUAGUAAUGCCUGCACAGUUGGCACGGCGAUGUGGCGCAACAUGGCACGCGUAAAGAUGAUGGAUCUCCUCGCUCUCCUGUGUGUCGUCCUCGUGCUCUCAUCCCACCUGAGCAGCAGCAGCAGCAUCUACGAGCGCUCGGUGGCUCCUCGCGCCGUGGUGCGCUCCGUGGCGCGCAUGGACGGAGACGUGAUCAUCGGCGCGCUCUUCUCCGUCCACCACCAGCCGUCCGCGGAGAGAGUGGCCGACCGCAAGUGCGGGGACGUCCGCGAGCAGUACGGCAUCCAGAGGGUGGAGGCCAUGUUCCACACGCUGGACCGGAUCAACGCAGACCCGGAUCUGCUCCCAAAUAUAAGCCUGGGUUGUGAGAUCCGAGACUCCUGCUGGCACUCCUCCGUGGCUUUGGAGCAGAGCAUCGAGUUCAUCCGGGACUCCCUCAUCUCAAUCCGGGACGAUAAGGACGGGUCCAAGUGGUGCAUUGAUGGGACUCCGUCACACCAGCCUCCACCCUCCAAGAAGCCCAUCGCAGGAGUGAUCGGACCCGGAUCCAGCUCUGUGGCCAUCCAGGUGCAGAACCUGCUGCAGCUCUUCAACAUCCCGCAGAUCGCCUACUCUGCUACCAGCAUCGACCUGAGCGACAAGACUCUGUUCAAGUACUUCCUGAGGGUCGUGCCCUCAGACACCCUGCAGGCCAGGGCCAUCCUGGACAUAGUCAAGAGAUACAACUGGACCUAUGUGUCUGCUGUGCACACUGAGGGAAACUAUGGGGAGAGCGGCAUGGAGGCCUUCAAGGAGCUGGCCUCUCUGGAAGGCUUAUGCAUUGCCCACUCGGACAAGAUCUACAGUAACGCGGGGGAGAAGCACUUUGAUCGCCUUUUGAGGAAACUACGGGAACGUCUACCCAAAGCUCGUGUAGUGGUGUGUUUCUGCGAGGGCAUGACCGUCCGAGGUCUCCUGAUGGCCAUGAGGAGACUGGGAGUGUUUGGGGAAUUCCUCCUCAUCGGCAGUGAUGGAUGGGCAGACCGUUACGAGGUUGUGGAGGGUUAUGAGCAGGAAGCAGAGGGAGGAAUCACCAUGAAGCUGCAAUCAGCGUUGGUCAAUACCUUUGACGAUUACUACCUGAAGCUGCGUCUGGACACCAACACCAGGAACCCCUGGUUCUCUGAGUUCUGGCAGUACCGGUUCCAGUGCCGCCUCGCGGGCCACCCACAGGAAAACAAGAACUUCAAGAAAGUCUGCUCCGGAAAUGAGAGUCUGCAUGAAAACUAUGUUCAGGAUAGUAAAAUGGGAUUUGUCAUCAAUGCCAUCUAUGCCAUGGCUCACGGCCUCCAUGAUAUGCACAAGGAGUUGUGCCCAGGGAAGCCGGGGCUCUGUGAGGCCAUGGACCCCAUCGAUGGCAGCAAGCUGCUGGACUACCUGCUGAAGACGUCCUUCAGAGGCGUCUCAGGAGAGGAGAUUUAUUUUGAUCAAAACGGAGACACCCCAGGAAGGUAUGACAUCAUGAAUCUACAGGGUGUGAGUGAUGGCUAUGACUACCUAAACGUGGGCUCCUGGCACGAGGGCAUCUUAAGCAUCGACGACUACAAGCUGUGGCUGAACAGCAGCGACAUGGUCCGCUCAGUCUGCAGUGAGCCCUGCUCCAAAGGACAGAUCAAGGUGAUUAGGAAGGGCGAGGUGAGCUGCUGUUGGAUCUGCACCACAUGCAAGGACAAUGAGAUCGUCCAGGAUGAGUUUACCUGUAAGGCGUGUGAGCUGGGAUGGUGGCCCGAUAAUGACCUGGAAGGCUGCCAGCCCCUGCCUCUGAAGUAUCUUGACUGGGCGGAUGUGGAAUCCAUGGUGGCCGUGGCUUUCUCCUGCGUGGGCAUCCUGAUCACCUCCUUUGUCACCUUUGUGUUCAUCCAGUACCGUGACACACCUGUGGUUAAGUCCUCGAGCAGAGAACUCUGUUACAUCAUCUUGGCCGGCAUCUUCAUGGGCUACAUCUGUCCGUUCACCUUAAUCGCCCAUCCCACAGUGGCCUCCUGCUACUUGCAGCGGCUCUUGGUGGGCCUUUCAUCCGCCAUGUGCUACUCAGCCCUGGUGACCAAAACCAAUCGCAUCGCCCGCAUCCUGGCAGGCAGCAAGAAGAAGAUCUGCACCAAGAAGCCCCGUUUCAUGAGCGCCUGGGCCCAGGUGGUCAUCGCCUUCAUGCUGAUCAGCUUGCAGCUAACUCUGGAGAUCACGCUCAUCAUCCUGGAGCCUCCCAUGCCCGUCAAGUCGUACCCGAGCAUAAGUGAGGUUUACCUCAUCUGUAAUACUAGCAACGUGGGCAUGGUGGCGCCACUGGGCUACAACGGCCUGUUAAUCAUGAGCUGCACCUACUACGCCUUCAAGACGCGUAACGUCCCGGCCAAUUUUAACGAGGCAAAAUAUAUUGCCUUCACAAUGUACACUACCUGCAUCAUCUGGUUGGCCUUUGUGCCAAUCUAUUUUGGCUCAAACUACAAGAUCAUAACCACGUCCUUCUCCGUCAGCCUGAGUGUAACGGUGGCGCUGGGGUGCAUGUUCACGCCUAAGAUGUACAUUAUCAUCGCCAAACCAGAGAGGAACGUCCGAAGCGCCUUCACCACGUCUGAUGUGGUGCGAAUGCACGUUGGGGACGGGAAGUCGGCUCAGUGCGGGACCAACAGCUUCCUCAAUAUCUUCCGCCGGAAGAAGCCUGUGACUGGCAACGCCAAUUCUAAUGGCAAGUCUGUGUCAUGGUCUGAAUCAGGUGCAAGACACCCUCCGAGGGGGGGGAAUGUGUGGCACAGACUGUCUGUGCAUGUGAGGAAACAGGAAGCCGGCUUGAAUCAGACGGCGGUCAUCAGGCCCCUAACUAACACCCCCGACCCCCACAGUUGUGAGCCCUCCACCUGCGACCUUGGCACAGAACCCCAACUCCCGCAAGAACCGCGUGGCGCUAAGCCUCUGUACAACCUGGCGGAGGAGGACGACGAGGGCGACUCGCAGCGCCCCCUCUGGGCUCCCGCUUGCUCUGGACAAGCGCUGGAGUCUAAUUUAGAUAAGCCGGCUUCUUACUUGCCCUCUCACUUGAAGGGCUGCACCGCAGAGCGCUCGCAUGGGGCUGUGGUGGACACACACAGCUCCUACGUCCCCGCACUGAACGACCACGCCGCCAGGCAGGCGAUCCCUACCAUCAACGAGCCUUUGAGCUUGAGCCCCUCUCUGCUUCCUUUGGCCCCGCAAAUGGGGGUGUUCGAAGAAGAAGAGGGGUCCGAGGACGAGGAACUGGACCUCUUACACAGCUACAUUUAUGACCCCGAGGGGGAGGACGGGGAUGGCGAGGAUUUAACUCCGAACAAGCCAAUCCUGGAGGAUACCCUGGCUCUGUCGCCCCCCUCCCCCUUCAGAGACUCAGUGUGCUCGGGGGAGUCCAUCAGCGACUCCCCCAUCAUGGGGUCGAUGCUCGGUAGCCCUCCAAGCUCCGUCUACUCCUCAAACACCUUCCAAGACUUUGCACACAGCUCCUCAACACUGUGAGAGCAAAAAACAGGCGCUGACACAGUUGCUGUUCACACAACAGGCAUGCAUUUCCACACACACACAUAUAUACAGAUGCACACUGUACAACAUAAUUUUAUUAUAUCAUUUUAUCUUUUGCUUGCUUGUAUUCUGCUUUUAUAAGGGGUUAAUCCAAAAUUAUAUAAGUAGGAAAAAACACCAGGAAUCAUCCGUGAGUGUUUACAUUUCUGAAGGGCUGUCAGCGCACAAAAGCCUUUCUGCAAAAAUGUAAAACUGGGAAGAGUGCCAAAAACUAGUCAGCUCUCAUGCCAAAUUGUGAUGAAUUAAGCAACACUGAGGAUCAUAAUAGCUGUGGCUCUCAUAAUGGUGGUGCAAUUAAACGGUCUACGAGAAACAAACGGAAAGACAAACACAUUUCUAUGUGUAUAUAUACUGUAUGUGUGUGUGUGCACUGUAAGAUACAACCAGAGUCUAAGCACUCGCAGUAGCUGAUGUGCAUUAUUUCAUGCCAGUUUUGAUUAGCUCUGCUCCUCUCUGCUGCACACGCACAGGUCUGUUCACGCGUGCAGCCCGCUGCAUCAGAAAACUAUUUCUGUUUUUAAUUAAUUAAUUUCACCUCAGCUUUCUCGCAUCUGACCUCAUCGCAAUUUAAAUAUUACAAAGAGAUUAAUUAACAAGAAACGUGCAGUAAGCUGGUUGAGUAUUACUUUUAUGUGUUGCGAGAUGUGCACAAAAAUAUGAACUGAGAUUCUGCUGAAGACUUGCGCUGUGUGAUAUAUGGAUAUAUAAUGUGCCAAUCAAAGUUGUUAUCAGCCUACAUCCCUGCUUUCAGUUGUGACGACGUAGCUCGAUGCAGGUUAGCGUGAUCGUAGACGAUGGCGAUGUUGUUUAACCGGUUUUACACUCGAUCACAAACCCUGACAACGAGUUUUACGAGCAUGGAUGGAUUUCGCUUUCCAUGCCGUCUGUUGAUAUUUCUCAUGUUUUCUGAGUUUGCUGUGUCAUUGUAAUGAAAAACACAGUACUUGUACAAGUUCUCAAAGUUUGUAAUACUGUUUUAAGCCAUCUCUUGUUUUUCACACAGGUGGUAUGUUUGUAAUACUGAUAAAUGUUUCUAUAUUUAGAAUGUCAACAGAGAAAAAAAGAGUUUAUACAUUUUGAAACUGUCCUCAGAUACUUGUCAAAGAGCAGUGUGUUUGGUUUUUGGGUAACUUUUAAGCUAACUUGAGUCGACUGUAUCCUCUUGAAAAUAUUCAGUUGUAACCAAUGAUUAGUUGCUUCUUGUAAUGAGAUUAUACAUGUUUCAAUUCUUUGCUUAAAUCUUGCAUUAUAAACUUAAGUAGUUUACUUGAGGUUAAGUUUCUUAGUUCUUUAUCUAUAAGAAUGCAAAUUAUUUCAGAGUACAAGACUAUACAGUACAUAGUGCAAUUGUAUUGUAUUUCCAAAUGUUUUUAGUCUAUUAUAGUGUAAGUUGUUAAAUGAUUUUAACCAAUGUAAAAUAUACAAGGGUGCCACCUGUUUAACACUGUCAAAUCUAGAGUGAAAUAGGCCUUUAUGUUUUGGGCAAGCUGAACAAUGCUGUAAAAUAAAAACUAUUUAUAUUAA